GUUGGGGAAAGUAAAGUAAACCAGACUGAACUGGUAAACCUGGCAGCUCAGACUCUGCAAAUUGGACUUCCUCUCUCCCUAGAUUCUCCACAUCUUCUCUAGGGUUUUCAAAUUUGAACAUCUCUCUCACGCUUUCCCACGAAACACACAGAAAAGAAGGAAAGAAUUGGAAAACAAAAACCAACAACAACAGAGGAACAAGGACUAAAAAUGACCAAGCUCCCCAAGUGUAAUCCUUUACUUCUACUCUGGAACAAAGACAAUCUGAAGCCCUAGACCUCAAAUUCCAACAGCACAAUGCUUGAUAUUGGACACUGACGAAAGGAUCUAUUUCUUUCUUGACCUGGAGAGUUAAAAACCCUAGCUUUUGACACACUGUUGGAGAUGGAGAGGUCUAGAUCUAAGAGGUACUACUAUGACCAAGACUACGAUACAGAGACUGUCGGUAGGACGAGGCCUCGGUACAACCACCACUACGCGACCAACAACCACCGCCACCGUGGAAGCGGCGGAGGCGGUGGCGGCAGUGGUGGUGGGCGACCCUCUAAGCCUCAACAGGACCCAUCAAUUACGGUGACAACGACAUACCGUAUUCUCUGCCACGACAUGAAAGCCGGAGGCGUGAUCGGCAAGUCCGGUAGCAUCAUUAAGUCGAUUCGGCAACACACCGGUGCGUGGAUCAACGUGCAUGAACUGAUCCCCGGCGACGAGGAGCGGAUUAUUGAGAUUUCCGACACGCGCCGGCGGGAUCCGGAGGGCCGGAUGCCGGCAUUCUCUCCGGCACAAGAAGCCCUGUUUUUGAUCCAUGAGAGGAUUCUGGAGAGUGAUGGAGGCAAGAUAAUUGAGCAAAUGAGGGUUGAGACCAAGACCCAGAUUAGGGUUUUGCCUAGAGAUCACAAUCUGCCUCGCUGUGUUUCUAUGUCUGAGGAGAUUGUUCAGGUAGUAGGUGAAGCGAAUUGUGUUAAGAAUGCUGUAGCAACUAUUUCAUCACGCUUGAGGGAGAGUCAGCAUCGGGACCGCAGUCAUUUCCAGGGACGAUUACACUCACCAGAACGGUUCUUUCCUCCUGACGAUGAUUAUAUUCCUCAUAUGAACAAUACAUCACGUAAGUCACCCAUGGAUGGGGCUGCUUUUGGGGCACGAUUACCUACAUCCAAUAUCAGAAACAACAACUAUGCCUCCCGUUCAUCUGGUUUUAACAUUGAACCUGGGUCUGGUCCCAUGACCGAUAAUGUGCAGCCCUUUUAUGGCGAAGACCUUGUGUUUCGAAUACUUUGUCCUAUUGACAAAGUUGAUCUUGUUGUUGGAGAUUCUGAUGGAAUUAUUGAAUUGCUUCAAAAUGAAAUUGGUGUGGAUGUCAAAGCUACUGACCCUGUGGCUGGUGCAGAUGAACAGAUAAUCAUCAUCUCUUCAGAGGAGGGUCCCGAUGACGAGCUAUUUCCAGCUCAGGAAGCUUUGUUGCAUAUUCAAACUCGCAUUGUCGAUCUUAUUCCAGACAAAGACAACAUUAUCACUACUAGGCUACUUAUCCCAACUAGUGAUAUUGGAUGCUUAGAGGGAAGAGAUGGGUUGUUAUCAGAUAUGAGGCGACUUACUGGUGCAAAUAUACAAAUUUUGUCCAGAGAAGAACUUCCUGUGUGCGUAUCAGGGGACGAUGUGAUUGUACAGAUCGUAGGGGAAAUAAAAGCAGCUCGAGAUGCUCUUGUUGAGCUGACAUCAAGAAUACGGAGUUACUUAUAUAGGGAGUUGUUUCGAAAGGAUACGACACCACCUGUUUCUGCACCAGCUUUGGAGAUAUCUCCCAAUAACACAUUUCCACUUCGUGAAGCUCAUACUGGAAAUAAUCCUCCUAUGACAACCUAUCAGAAUUUGCAAACUGGGGCAAUCGCACUGGCAUCAAAGGAUACUGGAGGGAUUUCCAGUGAAUUGGUAAAGCCAAACGAAAGUGAACGGCGUGAAGAUGUUCUGAGUGCAUUGAAUAGAAUACCUGUGACACUAGUCACUAGGAGUACACUUGAAGUUGUAAUACCAGAGCAGGCAGUUUCAAAGCUCAUAACGAAAUCAAGAAACAAGCUUGCUCAGAUCAGUGAGUUAUCAGGAGCCAAUGUGACCCUGGUAGAGGAUAGACCAGAGGAAACACAAAAGAUCAUUCAAAUUUCAGGUACUCCAGAGCAGGCUGAGAGAGCUCAAAGCUUGCUCCAGGGCUUUAUUUUAAGCACACAAGAAGACGGCCCUUAAACGAGCAGGAGCAACAUCUGUACUAAAAUUUUGAGCUGGUCUUGCCGUGAUAUUGUUGUUCAGAUCAUUUCUGGAUGUAUUAUCCUGUAAGGCAAGGGAGUUUUUGCUCCAUAGUUUAGGCACAUCGGUGGUUUAUAUGAAUGCAUCCACUACCACUGUAAUUUGUAAAUGUAAUAUCUGAAGGAGUUUUAGCUUUAGUUGUCUGCGAAUCUGGGAAGUGCGAACACAAUCCAGUGACAAUUAUUUUUUGUGUAUUUUGUGUCGAUGAUCAAUGAUCAUGUCUCCACUUGUUUCCUUGUGCAGUUAUUUGACCCAAUUUAUUUGGA